AUGGCAGACAAUUUAACUGAUGUUAUGCAUCGUGAAUUCAAUAGAACAAGUAGUGAUACUACUAACGUUAAUAAUAAUAAUAAUAAUAAUAAUAAUAAUAAUACUAGCUAUCGUUCAUUACCACCACAUGUAGUAUCAUGGAAAAUGUCGAAUCAAAAAAAUAAUCAUAACAGUGACAAUAGUCAGCAUCAACAUGCACAUCAACAAACAACACAAUCUCUUCCAACAAUGACAACAACUGAUUAUAGUCAUCAACCAUCUUUGGGUAUAAUGCCUGCUUCACAUACUUCAUCCAAUCGUCGAAGUUUAAAUUCAGGAUAUGAUACAGAUGGAGCAAUAAACACAUCUAAAUCUAUGUUAAAACAUCAUCAUAAAAUUGGUAAUGGUUAUGAACAUUUAGUUUCACCAAGAUUACCUCCGAGACGACCUAGACUACCAUCAUCAAAGCAAGUACCAGCUCAAACAAAUCUACCACAACAAACUUAUCUUACAGUUAAUCCAUCUACUAAUAUGACGCAGAAUUAUGACGAUAGAGACGAUGAAUUGAAUCAUGAAAAUGAUGCAAAUCAUCGUCAUAUUCGUUUUGGUCGACGUAUGCAUCACUCACCUUCUUCUAGUAAAAAUCAUGGUGCACAUAAUAUUCAUUCGCCUAAAAUAUCACGCCAUGAUAGAAUACUUGCUAGUACAAGUUUAGGACAACCACUACGACUUAUCUUUAUGCGUCAUAGUGAACGAGCUAAUCAAGCAUUAGGAUCUGAUUGGUUUAUUAAAGCAUUUCGAACAGGUAUUUACAAAGCAUAUGAUCAAAACUUGCCAAUAAUCUUACCAAAAAGAUAUUUUGAUCAAGCAUAUGAAUUUGAUGCACCACUAACAGUUCGUGGUUUAAAAAAUGCUCGUCAAACUGGACGUAUUAUGUCGAGUAGUAAUCUAAUAGUUGAUUUAUGUCUUUCGUCAAGUGCUCUUCGUUGUAUUCAAACAUGUGAACGAAUUUUAUCUGGUAUGAAUUGUCGUGAACGUAUUCCAAUUCGUAUUGAACCGGGUCUAUUUGAAUGUCCUCAUCUCAAUAAUAAAAUAGUCGAAAGUUUUAUGACAAAAAAAGAAUUAUUAGAAAAUGGAUAUAAUAUUAAAGUUGAAUAUAAACCAUUAAUUCAAAAAAUAAAUGUACCUGAAUCAUUAGAAGAAUAUUUUCAUCGAUGUAGUAUUGUUAUGCAUGGUAUUAUUAAUCGAUAUGCUAAUUAUGGUGGUACUGUACUUAUUGUUACACAUGCACCAGGUUUAUUAGCUUUAACAGAUGCUAUUAAAGGCAUACGAACAAAUCAAGAAAAUUUUUAUCGUACUGUAGCUGGAUAUCCACCAUUAGCUGUUUAUAUAGCUGAAUUUGAUGGAAAAAAAUGGAAAUAUUCUGAACAACCAUUUUCUAUUCCUCUUUUUUGA